AUGAGACUCAUCAUUCGCGAUGACCCCGAGGCAGCUGCUCUGCAAGUCGCCAACCACAUCAUCAGCCGAAUCAACACCUUCGCCCCAACCGCAUCCAAGCCCUUCGUCCUCGGCCUUCCUACCGGCAGUAGCCCCCUACCUGUCUACCGCAACCUUAUAACAGCAUGCCGAGAUGGCCGAGUCUCAUUCAGCAAUGUCGUCACGUUCAACAUGGACGAGUAUGUCGGCCUACCUCAAUCGCACCCCGAGUCUUACCAUUCCUUCAUGCACACCAACUUUUUCUCACAAGUGGAUAUUCCUCUCGAGAACGUGAACAUCCUUGAUGGAAACGCACGAGAUCUUCAGGCAGAAUGCGACAAAUACGAGGAGAGAAUAAAGGCUGCGGGUGGGAUUGCACUCUUCCUGGGCGGCGUGGGCAGUGAUGGACACAUUGCCUUCAACGAGCCAGGCUCGAGCUUGGUGAGCAGGACUAGGGUCAAGACGCUUGCAUACGAUACGGUGCUGGCGAAUGCCCGGUUCUUUGGAGGAAAUAUGGACCAGGUUCCCAGGAUGGCCCUCACGGUUGGUGUACAGACGGUUAUGGACGCUAGGGAAGUGGUCAUCAUCGCGACAGGCGUAGGCAAGGCCCUCGCUGUCAAGAAGUCGAUUGAAGAGGGAGUGAGCCACAUGUACACCCUCUCGUGUUUGCAAAUGCAUCCAUAUAGCAUGAUCGUCGUGGAUGAGGAUGCUACUCUGGAGUUGCAGGUCAAGACUGUGCGGUACUUUAAAAGUAUUGAGCCUCCGGCGAAGGAGACUCAGGGGAUGCGGGACCUGAAGCGACUGAGAACAUCAUCGCUGGUGUCGCCACCUCAAACACCCCAGUCCAAAUUUGCGCUGGAGAGAGAUGCUCUGGAUGAUGGAGAGCUGUCACCGGAUAGCAUGUCGUCACGAAUUGCACCGUUCCAUUGA